GAGCCGCCGGCUUCUGAGAAACCCUGCAGAUUCGGUAGGUGGCUCUAGACCGGUUCGGAGGCUCUCCUCCCCGCGUGCGCGCACUGGGUUUGUGCAAACAUUCCCCCCCGCCCCGUGCAGGGAAGAAUGCAGCGGGAGGCCGCCUGUGGUACAUCUCGGACCUUUCUAGAAGCGUGCCCGCACUUGUGAAGUCGCGGCAAGGAAGGGGAGGCCGGCACCGAGCGGGGCGGCGCCCCGGAGAAGGAAGCGGGGUCCCCCACCUGGAGUCCACGCGCUGCCCAUGGGCACCCCCGUUGCCCGGGGGGCCAGGCCUCUCCCCGCCUCCGGGAAGCACUCUCCCCCGGUCCUCGGCCUGCUGCUCCUGGUCUUCAUCAAGCAAGUUACAGGAUCCCUCCUUGAGGACACAACUCGCAAGUGGGCUCAAUACAAAGAGAAGUGUCUGAGAGACUUACUCAAGGAACCUCCUGGGACCUUUUGUAACGGGACCUUUGAUCGAUACGUGUGCUGGCCUCAUUCUUCUCCAGGAAAUGUCUCUGUUCCCUGCCCUUCCUACUUACCUUGGUGGCAUGAAGAAAACUCUGGAAGGGCCUACAGACGCUGCCUGGCUCAGGGCACCUGGCAGACAUUGGAGAACUCCACAAAUAUUUGGCAAGAUGAUUCCGAAUGCUCCAAGAAGCACAGUUCCGAACAGAAAGUGGAAAACCACGCCUUGCUGUCGACCUUGCAGCUGUUGUACACCGUGGGGUACUCUCUCUCCGUCGUCUCCCUCCUCUUGGCUCUCACCAUCCUCUUGUUUCUUCGAAAACUCCACUGCACACGCAACUAUAUCCACAUGAACCUGUUUGCUUCUUUCAUCCUGAGAGCCCUGGCCGUGCUGGUGAAGGAUGCCAUUUUCUACAACUCUUACUCCAGGAGACCCAACAGCGACAACAAGUGGCUGUCCUUCGUGUCAGAGAUAUCUGUCUCCUGCCGCUCUGCCCAGUUCCUGCUGCACUACUUUGUGGGAGCCAAUUACUCGUGGCUGCUGGUCGAAGGCCUUUACCUCCACACGCUGCUGGAGCCCACAGUGCUCUCUGAGAGGCGGCUGUGGCCCAGAUACAUGCUGGUGGGUUGGGCCUUCCCGCUGCUGUUUGUGGUACCCUGGAGUAUUGCUCGUGCACAGCUGGAGAACACCGGGUGCUGGGGAACCAACAGGAAUAAGAAAAUCUGGUGGAUCAUCCGGGGGCCCAUGCUGCUUUGUGUCAUGGUCAAUUUCUUCAUCUUCCUGAAAAUUGUCAAGCUUCUCAUUUCUAAGCUCAAAGCCCAUCAAAUGUGCUUCAGAGAUUAUAAAUACAGAUUGGCAAAGUCAACGCUGGUCCUCAUUCCUUUGUUGGGCGUUCACGAGAUUCUCUUCUCUUUCAUCACUGACGAUCAAGUCGAAGGAUUUUCAAAACUUAUACGACUCUUCAUUCAGUUGACUCUGAGCUCCUUCCAUGGAUUGCUCGUGGCUUUGCAGUACUGCUUUGCCAAUGGAGAGGUGAAGGCUGAGCUGCGCAAGCACUGGGUCCGCUUCCUGCUCGCCCGCCCCUCCGGCUGCGGGGCCUGGGCCCUGGAGAAGAACUUCCGAUUCCUGGGGAAAUGUCCCAAGAAGCUGUCCCAGGCAGACGGCAAGGGGACGCUCCAGAAGCCGCAGCCCUCGCCGGGCGGUGGGCAGCUCCUGCACCUGGCCAUGCAGGGCCUGGGGGGGCUGGGCGCUCGGCCGCCGCGGGGACACGGGGCCUGGCCCCGGGGCAGCAGCCUGUCCGAGAGCAGCGAGGGAGACUUCACCCUGACCCACACCAUGGAGGAGAUUCUGGAAGAGAGCGAGAUCUAGGCUGGAGGCCCACCGCCCUGGCUCUGCUCCCCGAGAGCACGGUUCAGAGUCACCGGUCUUCCCCACGCACCCCGGCCACUUUGGCAUCAAGUUCACGUCCCAGUCUUGCAUGCUGGAGACCUUGAGGGGAGCGUGAUCCGGAGGCUGAGCGGGGUCCGGGCCAUUAGAGUCAGGCUCAGCGACUGAGUGCAUAAGUCAAGGGGCUGAAGGAAAACCACAGGAGGAACGGGCCUAGAGAAACGCGUGUUCAUUCCCUGGAGUGUCGCUUUUAGAGAGUGCAAAAUGCAUGUGUACGUGGGCGGGUACGUUGCCAGGGGACCAGAUACAGCCACGCAACAGGGGGAAGGACGGUAUGGUAUUUAUCAAGGCGGGUUGCCAGACUUAGGAGUUCAAAUACAUAACAGUCAGUUACAUUUGCAUUUCAGAUACAUGAAUAAUCGUAUUGUAGCAGUAUUCCCCUUUAUCUGCAACUCAGAUGAAGUCCUGCAUCCUGUAUUUUAUUUGGCAACUCCAUUGUCAAGGGUGCUUUGCAACACGGGUGGGGACAAGGGUGAGGCAGGUGAGGAACGCAGUUUGGGUACAAGAUUUCCGACAGUCCUGGGAAAAACACCUCGAUUGUCACGAUAAGUGAUAUUUUAACACGACAUUAAAAAAAUAAACUAUAAUCCGCAAGCUACAGCGGAUGGGCCCUUUAUAAACAUAACUUUUUAUUAGAACCAGGGCCAGGCUGAGAGUGAGGUCAGUUCCUACAAAGGCGGGGUCUGAUCCUGACUUUAUUGACUAUUCUGCUCAUCAUGGACUUUUUAAUAUUCGCUUCUAUUUUUAAACGAUUGCCCCAAAAUAUUAUUUAUCUUGGUGAUUGAGGUUUUCUUGGCACUUUCCCCAGGACAGACGAGGGCAUAACAAAGCAAAGGGGUAUUCGUGGGGGGGCGGGGUCCAGAUUUUCCAGAGUUCAGUCAUUAAAAUACACAUCCUCCUAAUUUCUCCUUGCUCUCAAUGUCUCUGACUUUCCUCGUCCUAGAAAGCUGGGGUCCCAGCACAGCUGGACCAGAGUAGGCACUCAGCACACGUUCAUCGGUGACACAGGACAGAAAUGUCCUGGGAUCAUCAGAUGCGGGUGAGUCACCCGGGAUCCGGCCUCGAAUAGAGGGAACUUUUCUUUCCCCAAAGCAUCUGUAAAUAUGUCCUGCCCUGUCUUCACUCCGCAAAUGGCGUGCAUGUGGGCGCGUGCACGCACACUCACACAUACACACACACACACGCACACACACACACAC